AUGUCGAUAUUUAGACAAGAAGUUGGCAUGUGCACCGUAGAACAGGGAUGCGACCCCAUUGUAGCUUGUAGUUCGAUCAAUUCAUCUAGCAUCGACCUUAAGUCUUGUAAAGUACAUUGCUGUAAAGGAGAUAACUGUAACAGGCCAACAAUAACAUCAGAUCCUUGUGACAACGUCACGUGUCCUUUCUAUGGCAUGUGUAAAACCGACAUGAGCGGCAACACGACUUGUGAAUGUCCAACCGUUUGCACCAUGGACUACACGCCAGUCUGUGGAUCGGACGGAGUAACGUACGGUAAUUUGUGCGGAAUGAAAGCUGCUGCUUGUGCUAGUGAGCAAAUGAUUACCGUGAAACAUAAUGGAGAAUGUAAGAAAG